AUGUUGACUCUGCUGUGUUUCAGUGGUUCCUGGAUGCGCGACAUUCCCAUCAACGGCCCACUGCUACGAGAGAAAGUUUGCCAUUUUGCAGCAAUGCUUGAAGUGGAAAAUUUUCAAGGAAGCAUUGGUUGGUUGAAUCGCUUCAGAGACAGAUAUGGUGUAGUUGCGAAAGUAAUUUGCGGAGAAGCAAGUGAUGCACCUGCCCAAUCAAUAAGUGAAUGGAGGUCUGGCGAAAUAGCCGCUUUAAUAGAAAACUACAGUCCAGACAAUGCAGAUGAAGCUGGUAUCUUUUAUCAGCUUGAGCCGCAAAAAACAUCGACAUUUAAAGCAGAUAAAUGUGUCGGCGGUAAAUCUUCGAAGCAAAGAUUAACAGCUCCCUUCUGCUGUAAUAAAUCAGGAACGGAGAAACGAAAAAUUUUAAUCAUCGGUAAGUCAGCAAAGCCUCGAUGUUUUAAAAACUGUCAUUCUUUACCUUGCGAAUACAGGGCAAAUAAGAAAUCUUGGAUGACGCAAAGCCUUUUUAAUGAUUGGUUACCUAAUUUCGACAAGGAUAUGAAAAAACAAAACAGAAAAGUACUCCUUCUUAUCGAUAAUUGCACCGCCCACAAUGAUCUUCCUAAUUUAGAUUUUGUUCGUGCGGAGUACUUCCCGCCUAACUGCACCUCCGUUCUUCAACCACUUGAUCAAGGCAUUAUCAGAGCUGUUAAGGCUCGCUACCGAUCACUUUUGUUAAGGCACAUUCUUUUGGGCAUCGAAAAUGACAGUGGAAGAAAGCCGAACGUCAAAGAAGCCAUAGAGAUGAUUGCUGGAUCGUGGAACGAAAUUAGCGAAAAUACAAUUGUCAAUUGUUGGCGUCAUGCGCAGCUAUGCGAGGGAGAUAAGAAUUCCGUAGAAGCUGACUAA